AUGCCACGACGCAAGCCGCACUCUGCAAAGCAGAAGAAGGAGCAGCUCCAGCAGAAACGCGCCAUCAAGCGCGGUGACGUCGAGCCCCCACCGCCCUCGACAAAGCACGACCGCAAGGGCAAGCGACCCGUCCGCCCCCAGCAGUCCGAGCCCGACUCCGCUGCGGCCGAGUCCUCGCGCAGGCUGCAGUCUGCGUUCGUGAAGCUGCCCAAAGCCUUUCUCGAGGACACCAGACGGCUCUCGGCCAGCCUCCCGCUGGGGCGCCCCAUUCCAUCGGAAGCGGCUGUCUGGCAUGAUGGAUUUCCUUCCGUGGCCUCGUCUGACCAUCACGCGAACGAUGUACAACGGCAGCUGACGUGCCCUAGAAGGCCCAAAUGGCGUUACGACAUGUCCAAGAAGGAGGUCGAGAAAAACGAAGAGGGCCUCUUCAAAAAAUGGAUAGACCAGACCGACGAGCUUGUCAACACCUGGAGCGAGCAAAAGCCUCCAGACAGCGUGCAGACUGAGUCGGGUGAGAGUAUGCCCAGCGCACCCACAAACUUCGAGCGCAACCUCGAGGUCUGGCGACAGCUAUGGCGUGUGACGGAGAUCUCACAGAUCGUCCUCGUCCUACUCGACUCACGCUGCCCCCUGCUGCACUACCCACCGUCGCUCGCAUCUUAUCUCGCAUCGCCACACCUCUCCCGGAAGCGGACGAUCCUCGUCCUCACCAAGGUCGACAUCGCCGGUGCUGCUCGGGCACAGGCGUGGACCGUGCAUCUCCAGUGCCAGCAUCCCCACCUUCGGGUCGUCCAGGUGGAGUCGUACACAGAGAAAGCUGUGGGCGGCGCCCGGAGGGUAUACGAGUCCCAUCUGCCGUCAGCCUUCCGCCAGACGCUUGUGGAUGCGCUGCGGGAGACGCAUGCUGAGCUCCUCGAACCACCCGAGAGGAUCAGAGACAUGCCCGAGAAGGUCGCGACGUGGACGGCACCCGUGAAGCGGGAGAUCGACUGGGAGGCUGUCCUGCAUGCCCGCGGAGGUAAAGUCGGCGCCGCGGUGGGUGGCGUGGCUGCUCCUCGUGUUCAAGAAAAUGCAGCAGCUGGGUCGUCCGAGACCGAAGCAGGAAUAACGAGAGACGAUGAUGUGGACAGCAUGGACGAUGUAGAGCCAGAGUUCUUGACGAUUGGACUUAUAGGCACGUAUGGCCUACCGUGUCAGCCCAAUGUCGGAAAAUCUUCUCUGCUCAACGCGUUAUUUGGCACACCAAAAGUUAGAGCUUCGAAGACACCUGGAAAAACAAAGCAUUUCCAGACACUUUUCUGGACCCAUGAGGUCCGGCUGGUCGACUGUCCAGGACUGGUCAUGCCCAACCUGGUUCCGAUGGAGACCCAGGUUCUCAGCGGCGUCCUCCCAAUCUCCCGCGUCUCCGCAGUCCCUCUCUGCAUUUAUCACGCCGCUCAACUCCUCCCCCUCGAGCGCAUCCUCGAGUUGGAGCAUCCCGCCGCCAAGGCUGCGCCGGCGGACGACAAACGCACAUGGCGUGAGCCGCGCGGCGCCGAACAGCAGCACCAGCACCAACAACAGCAACAGCAACAGCGCAAGGCGCCCGAUUGGACGGCGAUGGACAUCCUGACCGCUUUCGCCCUCAAGAAGGGCUGGGUGACAGCCAAGGCGGGACGGCCAGACGUGAACCGUGCCGGUAACUACAGUACGUGCCAAAACCCGGCUCCUUUGUUUUCUUUUUCGCGCGGCUUCCUGCGCAUGCUCGCAGAGGGCAGGAUCAAGUGGGCGUUUUCGCCACCGUCGGAAAGCAGCGGCACCGGCAGCAGCGCGGGCAUCUGGAUCGUCUCCCACAGCCACGACGGCGACGCGCUCGAGAUCAGUGAUAGCGAGGACGAGGCGCACAUGCACGCCACGGAUGCACCCGAGAGCGACGACGAAGAGACGCUCGGCGCGCUCAGUGACGACGCGGAUGAGGAUGAUGAGAACUUUAGCGAUGAGACCUUCGUCUCCACGGGCAGGAGCCGAUUUGCGGCUCUUGAUUUUGGCGGUGGCGAUGACGACGAGGGUAGCGAAGACGGCGAAGACGAUGAGGAAGCCGAUGUAUUGGCCUGAACGCAAUGUACAGAAGGAACUUACACUGCUACGGAGUAGUACACUCACACAUACGAUUGGGUCGACCGAUCCUAAUAACAUGAUACCGAACAGAACAAGGUCUUGUGUGUACGCACAGGUGGAACAUAAAACGCUAGAACAGGUUGCAAACAUCGUGAAAGCAAUAGAGAUUACGGGAUCGACCAGCGGAUGACGAGUGCUUGUGGAAGAGAAGUAAAAACAAGCAUCAGAUGAAGAGAAACAAUAUUCAUAAGUAAGGCCGAGCCAAGACAAGCGUUAAGGAAGUAAGCAGUUGGAGGUAAAGAAGGCCGGACGGACGCUCGUCUGCAGAUCAAGACUGGGUCAAGUGUGCAGGCAGAGCGGCAGUCCGUGGUAUAUGAAGGUAGGGAUCCUCUCAAACUUCAAGACCUCGUUCAAGCAACAUAUCCAUACAAACUUCCAAAGCGGCGGUAGCAUGUCUCUUCAGCCACUUCCUGAGUGCUGGCAACAUCUACUACCGCACUGAAGGGCCGCCCUAGGCUUAGUAUCGGCCGCCGUAAGUCGCGCCGUAGCCGUUGUUCAUGCUGGGACCGCGUUGGAGCUCCGUCAUCUGGGGGCCCGGCGAAGGACCGCGCGCAAGGUCGGCGUAGCCGCCAACAGGCGCAAGCGUCGUCGGACCAGCAGUGAAGUCGUGGUCUGGGACUGGUUGGAGGGUAGAGACACCGUGCUGGGCACCGUAGCCAGCGCCGUAACCGUUGUUGCUACCGUGUCCGUAGCUCUCCUCGCUGUGGCCAGAGGAGUGGAAGGAGCCGUGCGAAGCGGAGGAAGGGUUGCGACGGAGUCCGGGGAUGUCGUCGUCUGGGGCACCGGUGGAGGGCUGCCAGUCGAUCGGAGCCAUGCGGUCCUCGAAGCUGGUCGAGGGCUUGAACUUCCACUUGCGGAUGAUAGUCCAGCCGACCGCGAUAGCACCGACGCAGGACGCGAUGACAAUCAAGACGGUGAGGCCCGCCUUGGUCGACGUUGACGUCGCGCCAGAUACAGGCUGAGCAGAACCGGUGCUGGUGGUAUCGGCGAGGGAGGAUGUGACUGUGUGGGUAACACGACCUUGGGAGUUCGUUGCGUCGGCAUCGGUGUUGUCAGUGCUGUCGGUGUUGUCGGUGCUGUCGGUGCUGCCGCUCGACGUUGUGACAGGCUGUGGAGGGGUAUCUGGGGUAUUUGUCGGCUGAGCAACAGUACUAGUCGUCGAUGCGGUGGUGCUCGAUGCGGAAGUCGAGGACGACUGCGUAGACGAGGUAGCGGCAGAGCUGCUCGCGGACGAGGACGAGGACGACGAGGACAAAACAGCACUCUGUGGGCAUGUUAACAUCGCCGAGGACAUCUAUUUCUGGGAGCUGUCACAUACUGAGGACGCGGAAGUCUGCGACGCGCUGGCACUGGUCGCACUGCUUGAGGCAGAAGUAGCAGGCGAGCUCUGGCUCGUGGCAGCGGAAGAUGCGGCGGUGCUUGAACUAGUCGUAGCAGCGCCAGUCGUGGUGGUGCCGCUGAGGGUAGGCGGGUCUCCUGCUGCACCAUUCGUACCGGGGAGUAAGUCGCCUAGUAUAGAUGCACGUUUCUUGAUCAUGCGGUUCAGGUAGACAUGGUCGCGCGCAGCGAUGGGGUGGGGGGCUGAGUCGGCCUGUGCGACAGUGACAAUGGCCAGAACGAAGGCGAGGUAACAAAAGAGUGUGAGGGAAACCUUGCGAGGCUUGGAGACGAACAUGUUGGCGCUGUACGUGAAAUAGAAAGUCUCUGGGGAUAAGCAGCAAAAGGCGGGGCAAGCGAUGCGCAGGACGAGGGACGAGGACCAGCCAGGUGAGAAAGCAAGAUGAGAACGGAAAGCAAGGAUAAUGUGGGGAAAGAACGAGGGCUUACGAGAGGAAUAGAGUUAGAGUUGGGGGCCCUGCUCAAUAUUGUCAAGCGUUUUUCUUGGAAGCCGUGGGGACAAAGGAAGGCGAGCAAAAAAGAGUGGACACGGUUUGACUGCAGGGCGUGCGUGCAGGGGAGGAGCGGAGCGGAAGGGAGAUGAGCAGUUGAAGAAACCAAGGCAACAUGAAGCCGUAGCCAUCAGUUUACACCACCUGUCAGCCACAGGCGCCCAUGCUUUGUCCCUCCCU